GACACUAACCAGCUAAAAUUUGAAUACAACCAAGCCCUCAAUUCAAUCGUCCCGGUUCUCAAAAUCCAAUCAACUUUCCCAAAGCGCGGUGUUGAUUUACAUACAUACUGAAGCAACCCGAUCAACAAUCACACCACGAUGGAUGACAAAGAUAAACCCGAGGAAUUAGAGAGUGGUUCGUUUAUUGAUGAUGAUGAUUACUCUGAUGAUGAUGAUCAAGUUUCACAGUCCGAUGAUGAUGAUGUUAAUCUUAAGCAUCAGGAGCCAUUGACGGAGGAGGAAAUAGAAGAGCUGAUAGGAGAGCUCUUGGAAGUUGAGAGUAAGGCUGCAGAGGCCCAAGAAUCAUUAGAAGACGAGACACUAGCAAAAGUAGAGGCUGAAGUAAGGGAAGAACUGAAACAAUCAUAUAAAGGGGAUGAACUGGAGAAGGCUGUUAGAGAUGAAAUAGAAGCUCUUAAAGGAGAGUGGGAAACUGUUCUUGAUGAUCUUGAAACUGAUAGUGCUCACUUAUUGGAACAACUCGAGGGUGCUGGUAUUGAACUCCCAAGUCUGUAUAAAUGGAUUGAAAGUCAGGCUCCGAGCAGUUGCAGCACAGAAACAUGGAGAAAGAGGACUCACUGGGUUGGUUCACGAGUCACUGAUGACGUUACUGAGAUAAUAGCUGAUGCCGAGAAGUAUCUCCAAAUUCACAGACCUGUGAGAAAAAAGCUAGGCAAAGUUUUGGAGGAGGGUGCCAGCGGGUUUCUGGAAAAGAAAAUUUCAAGCUGUGAUGGGAUUGAAGGUUUGGAAAAAACUUCAGAUGUUGAUUGGUCCUCUUUUAACAAAAUAAUUUCUUCGUCAGAUAAAAGUACGUUAUUUGGGAGCAGCCAAUGGGCUUCGGUUUACCUGGCCAGUACUCCACAGCAAGCUGCCGAAUUAGGAAUAAAAUUUCCUGGGGUGGAUGAGGUGGAGGAGAUUGAAGAUCUUGAAGGAAGCUCUGAUUUUCUCAUAUUUGAUGCAAUAGUUAGUGAAAAUAUCAAUCUUACUGCAGAACAAAGGAAAAAUUAUAAAAAGGUUAAAGAGGAAGAAGAUGUUUAUGCUGAUCGUAAACUUCAGUUGCGUCUAAAACGAAGAAGACAGAGAAACAGAUGCAAACAGGAAGUUAUUCCAGAAGCAGUUCCCUCUUGUAAUAGACUGAUAGAGAGGAGUGUAGACGAUUUUGAGACCCGACAGGCUGCUUCAUCGGAAAACUUUAUCAAGGUUGAUGUUACUAGUGAAACAGAUAUUUUUUGCAAGACAGCUUUGCUUGAAGUGCAUGAAGCCAGGGGUUCUAAACGUCCACGCGACAAUGACGGACUGAGUUCUGAUUUACUAAACACUGAUGACGUGAGUAAUAUGCUCAAUGAACAUAUUCAACAAAAUCUGCAGGGAGAAGAAUGUAGUAGUGGUCUCGUUAUUAGUCAUGGAAUGCAGAGUUUAAAAGGGGACUUUCUGUGCACUGCUUGUCAUAAAGUAGCUAUUGAAGUGCACCCACAUCCCCUUUUAGAUGUAAUCAUUUGUAGGGACUGCAAAUCACUACUUGAAGCAAAGAAUUGUGUGAAGGAUCCUGAGUGCUCAGAGUGCUAUUGUGAAUGGUGUGGACAGAAGAGUAACCUAAUAAGUUGCAACUCCUGCAAAUUAUUAAUAUGUUCAACAUGUAUCAAGAGAAACCUUGGGGAGAAGUGCUUGUUUGAAGCCGAGGAAUUUGGUUGGACUUGUUGCUGUUGCUCUCCAAGUAUUUUGCAAGAACUGACUUCACAAUUCGAACAAGCUAUUAUAUCUAGAGAUCUGAUGGUUUCCAGCUCGGAUGGUGAUGAAGAUGGCAAUGCCGUAAUCAGGAAAAGACGAAAGAAGAGAAUUCGUAGGAUCAUCGAUGAUACUGAAUUAGGAGAAGAGACCAAAAUGAAAAUAGCAAUCGAAAAGGAACGUCAAGACCGUUUGAAUUCUUUGAAAGCUCAAUUCUCUUCAAAAUCCAAGUUAGCAAGUUCUGUGGGUUUUAACGUAGAUAUAUCUGAAAGCUGUGCUGCCGAGGUUCUUGGAGAUGCUUUAACUGGUUAUAUAGUGAAUGUUGUGAGAGAGGAAGGGGAAGAGGCAGUAAGGAUCCCCCCAAGUAUUUCAAGCAAGCUGAAAGCCCAUCAGGUAUCUGGAAUAAGGUUUAUGUGGGAAAAUAUCAUUCAGUCGAUUGGGAAAGCAAGGUCUGGGGAUAAAGGUCUUGGCUGCAUUCUUGCUCACACUAUGGGUCUUGGCAAAACUUUUCAGGUCAUAACAUUUCUGUACUCUGCUAUGAGAAGUGUGGAUGUGGGAUUAAAAACAGCACUUAUAGUCACACCUGUAAAUGUUCUACAUAAUUGGCGGCAUGAGUUCAUCAAGUGGCGACCAUCAGAAUUAAAACCAUUAUGCAUAUUUAUGUUGGAAGAUGUUACAAGGGAGAAGAGAGCAAAAUUGCUUAUGAAGUGGAAACGUAAAGGCGGUGUCUUCUUAAUUGGCUAUACUUCUUUUCGCAAUUUAUCUCUUGGAAAGCAUAUCAAAGAUCGUGACAUGGCUAGGGACAUUUUACAUGCUUUGCAGGAUGGACCUGAUAUACUUGUUUGUGAUGAGGCCCAUAUGAUCAAGAAUACUAGGGCUGAUGUAACCCAGACCCUUAAGCAAGUGAAAUGUCAGAGAAGGAUAGCAUUAACUGGAUCUCCUCUUCAGAAUAACCUCAUGGAGUAUUACUGUAUGGUUGAUUUCGUGCGGGAAGGAUUUCUUGGCAGUAGCCAUGAGUUUAGGAACCGCUACCAAAAUCCUAUAGUAAAUGGUCAGCAUACCAAUUCUACGGCUGAUGAUGUGAAAAUUAUGAACCAAAGGUCUCAUAUCCUGUAUGAGCAGCUGAAAGGUUUUGUGCAGAGAAUGGAUAUGAAUGUGGUAAAGAAGGACUUGCCUCCAAAAACUGUUGUAGUGAUAGCUGUAAAGCUUUCUCCCUUGCAGCGUAAGUUAUACAAAAGAUUUCUGGAUGUACAUGGAUUUACAAAGGGUAAGGUUUCUGCUGAGAAGACGAGAAAGAGUUUCUUUGCUGGAUACCAGGCUUUAGCACAGAUCUGGAAUCAUCCUAGGAUUUUGCAAUUGAUGCAAGAAAACAAAGAGUAUGAGAAGCAUGAAGUGAUCGAGAAUUUUCUUGCAGGUGACAGUUUUAGCGAUGAAGAUCUGGAUCAUAACAUAAAUGGAGAGCAAAUGAGAAAUGAAAAAGAUCAUCUACAAAAAAAGAGCCCUAAUGGCUUUUUUGCCGAGAAUUGGUGGGGUGAUCUCCUCAAGAACAACCAUAAAGAUGCUGAAUACAGUGGCAAAAUGGUUUUGCUGCUUGAUGUCCUCUCAAUGAGUUCAGAGAUAGGUGACAAGGUUUUAAUAUUUAGCCAAAGCUUAGCAACACUGGAUUUGAUUGAACUAUAUUUAUCAAAAUUAAUCCGUCCUAAAAAGGAAGGGAAAUGUUGGAAGAAAGGAAAAGACUGGUACAGACUUGAUGGAAGAACACAGGGGUCUGAAAGGCAAAAGCUAGUUGACAGGUUCAAUGAACCUUCAAAUAAGAGGGUUAAAUGCACUUUAAUAUCAACUAGAGCUGGAUCUCUUGGGAUUAAUCUUCAGGCUGCUAAUCGUGUUAUUAUUGUUGAUGGUUCUUGGAAUCCAACACAUGAUCUGCAGGCUAUUUACCGGGUUUGGAGGUAUGGACAGACAAAACCAGUAUAUGCAUAUAGACUGUUGGCACAUGGUACUAUGGAGGAAAAAAUUUAUAAACGCCAGGUGACAAAGGAGAGCCUUGCUGCGAGGGUGGUUGAUAGGCAGCAAGUACAUAGGACCAUUUCUAAAGAAGAAAUGUUGCAUCUAUUUGAUUUUAGUGAUGACGAACAUAGUGAAAUGCUUCCGGAGCUGAAUCAAAUAAAUAAUAAUCAAACGAAGCGAUCUACCAACCCUGAUGAUGAUAGUUCUCCAAAGCAAGCUGCCUCUAUCUCUAGUGGUAACGUCUCUGCUGACAAAGUAAUGGAAAGUUUGUUGAGCAACCAUCGUCCAAGGUGGAUUGCGAAUUACCAUGAGCAUGAAAGCCUCCUACAGGAAAAUGAAGACGAACGGCUGUCAAAAGAGGAGCAAGACAUGGCUUGGGAAAUGUACAGGAGAAGCAUUGAGUGGGAAGAAGUGCACCAAGUUCCUUUCACUGGAUUUAUGGUUGGGCAAAAGGCAGCCUCACAUGUUCCUUCUGAUGAACUGACGUUGCAGCAAAAUUCUGCCGUUUCAGGUGUACCAAUACCUGAGCCUCAGAGCAACAAACUGUCUGUUUUGAAUCAGGAUGCAGCCAUUUCUGACAUACCAUUACCUGAGCAUCAGAGCAGCAGAAACUUUCAACCCAAGCGGGUUUCACUGUUCCGGUCAUUUAGGUCUAUACCAAUGAAAUGUACUAACCUUUCCCAUCUGCUUACUCUUAGAAGUCAAGGCGCUACGAAAGGUGGCAGCAUCGUGUGUGGGGGGUGUGCCCAAGAGAUAUGCUAUGACAACAGUCACAGCAGUUGAGUGUCUACUGGUAGUACAGUGCAGCGUUUCAUUGUCGAUUACAUAAUGAUUUUGAUAGUGAAUGGGAUUGUUCUAUUUGUAAAUCUUGUUGCAACAAAUUUGAUAGUGAAUGCUUAUUUUAAAGACUAUUGCAAAGUAACCGUUCUUCAUUUUACA